GGAGAAACCCGCCUGCAGGAACGGCUGCUCUUCCUGGAGGAAUCCCUGCGGAAUACCAAGGGCAUCCUGGAGGACGAGAAGAGGCGUGCGGCUGAGAGCCUGGAGGGCAGCCUGGCCAGGAUCGCCGAGCUGGAGGCAGAGAGGCAGCAGCUGGUGCAGGGCCGAGAGCCGGCUCUGCAGGAGCGGGGUGAGGAGCCGGCCAAGCGCCGGGCGCUGGAGGAGAGCCGGGAGAAGCCGAUGGGAGCCUCCCCCGCUGCCCGAGGGGAGGAUGGAGAACGCGGGCGGCUGGAGGAGGAGAUGCGGGCAUUGAGCCGGGAGCACGGCCGGGCCUGCCAGCGGCUGCAGGCCGAGCAGGAGAAGGCGGCCGCGCUGGAGGCCCGGGCGGAACGCCUGGCCGCCGAGCACCAGGAGAGGCUGGCCGCCCUCCAGGCCGACCUGUCCAGUGCCCGGGCAUGGGCGAAGGAGAAGGAAGGCGAGGAGCAGAAGCUGAGGGCCGAGGUCUCCUCUCUGCGGGAGAAGAUGGCCGUCGCGGAGCAAGCCACGGCCCAGCGCGUGGCCGGGCUGGAGGCAGAUGCCCGGAGAGCCGCCGAGGUGCUGGAGGGGGUCUCCCAGCAGCUCUCCCAGGAGAAGCUCAAAUCCAAGGAGCUGGAAGCCGCCGUGGAGCGGCUGCGGAGCGCGGAGGCCGAGCUCUCCCGGGUGGCCGCCGCCGGCAGGCAGCGGGAGCUGGAGCUGGAGACGGAGGUGAAGAAGCUGUCCGGGGAGUUGGCCCUGCUGGGCGCCAGGCUGGAGGAGACGCUGCGGGAGCACCGGCGGGACCUGGCACGCCGGGAAGAGGAAGCCGAACGCUUGCGGCAGGAGGUGGAACGGGCCAAGGCGGACUGCGCCGCCGAGCGAGCCCGCAAGGCAGAGCUGGAGGCGCAGCUGCAAAACUCUCUCAACGAGCAGAGGGUGGAGCGGUCGGUGCACCGGGAGGAGCUGGCCCGGUCCCGGGAGCUGAUGGAGGAGAAGGAGGGGGAGCUGGACGAGCUCCGCCGGAAAAACAUCUCGCGGGGUGAGGAGCUGAGAGACCUGCAGAAGACAGUCAGCAAGCUGAAAGGAGAGCUCGCCUCGGCAGAGGCGGCCAAGGAGAGGAUGCCCAAGGUGGACAAUGAGCUGCAGGGCUUCUCGGAGGCCGCCCGAAGCAGGGAUGCAGAGGGGGACAGCAUCAAGGCCACCUGCUCAAAGGAGAUGUCCCUCAAAAGCUUGGAGGAAAAGACCCGUCACAGGGAGCAGGAAUCGGGCUCGAGCCAAGACCUUUACCAGGAGAAGCUGAAGGAGGCCCAGGCGCUUCGUUUGCAAGUGGAGGAGCUGGAGCAGAAGUGCAAGGAGCAGCAGGAGGCUAUGGCCGCCCUCGAGCGAGCGGCGGCCGAGGCGGCGAUAGCGGAGCAAGCGGAACGGGAGGCCUCGAGGAGGGAAGCGGCCCAGCAGAAGGAGAAGGCAUCGGAGCUGCAGAAGCUGCUGGAGGCCUCGAGGUCGGCGCAGGCUCUGCAUGACGGCACUGUGGAGGCCCUGCGGAAGGAGCUGCAGGAGAAGGGCAGGGAGCUGAUCCAGAGCAGAACCGCCAUCGCCGCCGCUGAGAAGGAGCUGGCAUCCCUCCGCUCCGCGGCGCAGGAGAAGGGCCGGUCGGAGGAGAGCUGGAAGGAGCAAGUGUCCCAGUGCGUCCAGGAGAUGGAGAGGAAGAACAGCCUGAUCGGCAGCCUGGAGCACGAGGUCUCCAUCCUCCACCGGCAGGUGACGGAGAAGGAGGGGGAGAGCAAGGAGCUGAAGCGCCUGAUUGUCGCCGAGUCGGAGAAGAGCAAGAAGCUGGAGGAGAGGCUGCGGAUGCUGCAGACGGAGAUGGCCACCGCUGCCUCCCGGGCGGCUGAGAGGUGCUCGCUCAUGAAGGUGGAGGUGCAGCGGUGCCAGGAGGAGAUGGAGAAGCAGCGGUUGGCCAUCGAGGCCCUGAAGAGGGACCGCCAUUGCCAGAGCGAGCGGGAGGACGAGCUGCGUCAGGAGGUGAAGGUCUGCCAGGACAAGUGCCUCCAGAAGGAGCAGCUCCUCGCCGCCCUGCAGCAGGAGCUCGGCAGCGCCCAGGCGCUUGCCGGGGAGUUGCCGGCGCUGAAGCACCUUUGCCAGCAGCUGCAGGCCGAGCGCGCCUCCCUGGAGAGCCAGCACCGCCAGGACCUGGAGCAGAGGGCGAAAGCCCUGGCCGCUCUGCAAGCGGAGCUGGCACGGGCCAAGCUGGAGGCGGCCGAGGUGCCCUCCCUGCGGGAGCGGUCGGCGGAGCAGGACCGGGCCAUCCAGCGCCUGCAGGCGGAGGCGGCGGAGCAGGCGGCACGGCUGGUGGGGCUGCAGCAGGCCAACGCUCGGCUGGCCGAGGAGAACCGGGGGCUCGGCGAGAGCCGGAGCCGCGGGCAGCAGCGGCUCGAGGCGGAGCUGGGCCAGGCCAGGGAGCGACACGCGCGGGAGCUGGAGCGGCUGCGGUCGGCGUCGGAGGAGCUGGUGGCUGGCAGUCGGCAGGAGGCCGAGGAGGCGGCGCAGAAGCUGGAGGCGAUGAGCAACGAGUACGAGAGCAGCAAGGCGGCGGCGCUGGAGGAGAGGAGGAAGCUGCUGGAGGAGAGGCAGAGGCUGACGGCCCAGGUGGAGCAGCUAGAGGUAUUUCGGAAAGAACAAGCUAAGCAGGUGGAGGAGCUGAAUAAAAAGCUGACCCAGCACGAGAAGGCCACCCGAACCCAGCAGCAGAGAGUUAAGGUGCUGGAAGGGGAGCUGCAGGCAGAGGCCACCCGUCAGCAGGAGAAGGUGGCAGAGCUGCAGGCGCAGCUCGCCCAGAAGGAGCAGGCAGCCGAGCACUACAAAGGCCAGAUGGAGAAGGCAAAAACUUACUAUGACGCAAAGAAGCAGCAGAACCAAGACCUGGCGGAGAAGCUGAAGGCCAUGGAGCAGCUGCAGAAGGAGAACGCGGAGCUCCGGACCGAGUCGGAGAGGUUGGCCAAGGAGCUGCAGCAGAGCGUCCUGCAGGCCAAGGAGUCGGAGCUGAGCUGCAGGAACCUCACCAGCCAGGUCCGCAGCCUGGAGGCUCAGGUGGAGUUUGCCGAUCGGCAGCUACGGGAACUCGGCAAGUUCCAGGUGGCGACGGACGCGCUGAAGGGCCGGGAGACUUUCCACCAGAACCCCGCCGAUCUCAGCGCCGACAGCCUCGACCUCAGCCUCGACGAAGCGCAGCCGCUCAACUCCACCAGGAAGGCUGGCCGCUCGCAGUCGGAGGCUUCGGCGGUGCCGCCAGGCAGCGAAGAGUCGCUGGCGUCCCAGCGGCUGCCCCGCAAGGUGGAGUCCCUGGAGAGCCUCUACUUCACCCCCAUCCCCAGCCGCACGCGGUCCCAGCUGGAGAGCAGCGCCGGCUCCCUGGGCGACCUCUCCCUCGAUUCCGGGUGCAAGACCCGCUCGGCCCGGCGCCGCACCACCAUCAACAUCACCAUGACGAAAAAACAGGCCAAGACCGAGGAACCGGACAGUGCCGACGUCUCCUUCUGCAGCAUCCCGGCGGCUCAGCCCCCAAACGCCGCCCCCGGCAAGGGCCGGCUGCGCUCGGCCACCUCCGCCCGCUCCCUCGCCAGCUUCCCCUCCCAGGAGUCUCUCGUCAAGCUGGAAACCUCCUCCCCGCAGGAGACCCCCGGCAAUUCGGCGCUGCUGGGCCUCCCCGGCUACCGGCCCGUCACUCGCAGCUCCCUGAGACGCUUGCAGGGGGGCAGCAGCUCCAGCCUCGGCCGGAGCAGCAUCUACCUGGGCACGUGCCAGGACGAGCCGGAGCAGCUGGACGACUGGAACCGCAUUGCGGAGCUGCAGCAGCGUAACCGAGCCUGCCCGCCCCACCUGAAGACCUGCUACCCCCUGGAGAGCAGGCCCUCCAACUCCCUGGGGACCAUCACAGACGAGGAGAUGAAGACGGGCGACCCGAAGGAGACGCUGCGGCGUGCCAGCAUGCAGCCCUCGCAGAUCGCCGCCGGCACGGCCGCCCGGCGCAACACCCUUGGCACGGCCUGGGCCGGCGGCAUCACCACCCGGCAGCAAAGGAAGCGCCUCUCGGAUGAGUCCCACCAGGGCCCUGACACCCCCGAGUCCAAGAAGCCGACCAGCUGCUUCCCUCGGCCCCAGACCCCCCGGGACCGCAGCGACCGACGCAGCUCCCAGGUCAGCCGGAGGAGCGAGCAGCAGGCCCCCGCCAAGCAGGCCGAGAGGCGCCAGUCCAUGGCGUUCAGCAUCCUCAACACCCCGAAGAAGCUGGGGAACAGCCUGCUGCGCCGGGCGGCCGGCCGGAAAACCACCCCCAAGAACUCCCCCGCGGCAGCGCCCGCCGCUCGCCCCGCAUCGCCACCGCCAAGUCCCCCAAGGGCAAGGCCAGUCGCCGAUCGCUCAAGGACACGAAAUUCUGAGGUUGCCCUGGUCCCAGCUGUGCUGCACCCUGCCCCGGCGGGACAGCGUCCCCCGUCCCCCACACUGCCGGCUCUGCCCUGGACCCAGCCUGCACCCCCUCACCUCUCCCUGUCCCCCUGGUGCUGUGGGUUUGUCCCCAGGGCCCAGCAGCAUGAGGGGGCGGAUAGAUGGGGCCACCUUCCCCCUGUGACACUGCCCUGCACCUCCCACCGAUGCCCCUGGGCUGCGUGGGGAGCCCCUGAGCACGGCAGGGUCCCAGCACCCUUCCUGCUGCACCCAGCAUCGUCCCUCUCCUGCACCCACCCAGAGCCCAGCGCAGGGCAGGGGGGAUGCGCAGGGGGUGGGGGCCGGAGAGGGUUGUUCCCCCCAGGGGCUGCCUGUGGGCUGGAAACACCCGUGGGUGCAGGCAGCAGGGGUUGCAGGGUGCACAGCACCGGCCCUUGCUGCGCGGUUAGCCCCGGGGGGGAUCCUGCAGCCAUUUUUAAAGUGUUUCUACUUGUAAAUAAAUUGUAUUUUUCUCCUGCUCUGGGUGUCCUGGCUCGCUCCUGCCACGAGCCGUUUCUGUGCCCAGGGGCUGUACGCGCUGGCUUUGCUGGAGCUGGGGACACGCCGCUGCCGUGGCCUCGCCGACACCAGCUGUGGGGCCAGCCCCGCACCAGCGACCCUGAGGAGUGGGUCCCGAGGGGAGGAAAAGCGUGA